GACUUCCCAGUUAGCGCCUGCGCAGACGGGUUGGGGAAAGCGUUUUUUGACCCAGCUCAGCUGCCGUAGUUGACCGGGGCCUGGCAGUGGGGGAUUGUGGGAGAAGAUGGCGGCCGCCGUUCAUCCCCGGCUUGUCCGCGCCUUGCCAAUGUCACGUUCUUCUAUUACUGUGAUUGCCACCUCUUUGUUUCAUGGCCCACCCUGGCGUCAGCUUCAUCAUGCCGUCAUGCCUCAUGGGAAAGGGGGACGCUCCUCAGUCAGUGGGGUUGUGGCCACUGUGUUUGGAGCAACAGGAUUCCUGGGCCGCUAUGUUGUCAAUCAUCUUGGACGUAUGGGGUCACAAGUGAUUAUACCCUAUCGGUGUGACACCUACGACCUCAUGCACCUUCGCCCCAUGGGUGACUUGGGUCAGAUUAUCUUUCUGGAAUGGAAUGGGAGAAACAAAGAUUCUAUCCGAAGAACUGUGGAGCAUAGCAAUGUGGUCAUUAAUCUCAUUGGGAAAGAUUGGGAAACCAGAAACUUUGAUUUUGAGGAUAUAUAUGUGAAGAUUCCCCACGCAAUUGCUCAGGUGUCCAAGGAAGCUGGAGUUAAAAAAUUAAUUCAUAUUUCACAUCUGAAUGCUGAUCUUAAAAGCCCUUCUAAGUACCUGAGAAGUAAGGCUGUUGGAGAGAAAGAAGUGAGAGAUGCAUUUCCAGAAGCCACUAUCAUAAAGCCAUCUGACAUCUUUGGAAGAGAGGACAGAUUCCUCAACUAUUUUGCAACUGGUCACUGGUUUGGUGGUGUACCUCUUAUUUCCUGGGGCAUGAAGACAGUGAAACAACCUGUGUAUGUUGUAGAUGUAUCCAAAGGAAUCAUCAAUGCAAUUAAAGAUCCAGAUGCCAGAGGGAAGACUUUUGCUUUUGUUGGGCCAAAUCGAUACAUCCUUUUUGAUCUGGUUCAAUAUGUCUUUGGCAUGACUCACAGACCCUUCUUCCCAUAUCCUGUGCCACACUUUGCCUUUCGAUUAGCAGCACGAUUCUUUGAAAUGAAUCCAUUUGAGCCCUGGACAACGAGGGAUAAAGUGGAGCGGGUGCAAAUCACAGACCGGAUGCUGCCUCACCUGCCUGGCUUGGAAGACCUGGGCAUUCAGCCCACAUCCCUGGAACUCAAGGCCAUCGAGGUGCUGCGGCGUCACCGCACCUACCGCUGGCUGUCGUCUGAAAUUGAAGACGUGAAGCCACCCAAGACUGUUAAUGUAUAGUUCCCCCUGGAUUGUAGAGUAAUUUGGGUCACCUGGCUCGGAGCCAGCAGCCCCCUUUCAUCAGAGAAUCCUGUACAUAAGAUACUUGCAUUAAAGUUCCUGCAAGAAGUAAUUUAAAAAAAAAUCCUGAAGUUAAAUCCUGCAGCCUUUUAUUUUUUUCUUCUUUUAUAAAAUAGGAAAUACAACCCAUUUAGAAUUUGAGUAUAAUUUUCUUUAAUGUAUGUUUAAUGAUCAUAUUAUGUAGACAUACAUGAUUUCUUAUCUGGGCUGAUAAAAUAGCUCACUUGGAUAGUGUGCUGCUUUGCCAUCCAUGUGACCCAGGUUCCAGACAGACCCUCACUACACUGAAGGAAAUUUUAGUAGUAUAAUUUCUUUCCCUCUCUGUCUUUCUGUCUCUAUCUGAAAAGAGCCCAAAGUGGUGGAGACCCAGAGAUGAAUAAAAAGAAAAAAGACAUUA